CCUCGUGGGGGGGGCGGGAGGCCGUUAGACGGCGGGGCAGGGCUGGCCCCGCUUAUGUAAUAACAGGCAACCCCAGGGAGAGGCGCAGAGCCUCACCGAGGAGAACGCGGACGAGAGCCCUGCCCUCCGUGCGCCCCCCAGGGCUGCCCAGGAUGGAGGUGCCCUGAGAAGGCCCCCUCGGCUCGCAGCACGGACCACGCUCGGCUGCCCCAGCACCUCGGGGUCCUCCGGGAAGGAGCCACCGUGAGGGAGACGGGGAAAAGAGUGAGACCCCCGCGCGCCCCCCCCGGCUGGGGAUCCCAGGCAGGAGCGGAGCAGGCCUCCUCCCGGCUUCAUGAAUGUCUGAUUUUGCCAGCUGCGGGCUGCAAAUUCACAGAACCGGCUCUGAGAAUUUCCCUACCACGGCCGGUUUUGGGGUGGCCCUUCUGGAGCAGACGCUGGGCAGGGCCUGGGCCGGCAAGAUGCCCCCUUGCCCUCCCCAGCAGGGCCGGGCCCGGACAACGCUCCUGCCCGCUCCACCGCUGAGUGAGCCUGGCCAGCAGGGAGAGAUGGAGCUGACCUGGCAGGAGAUCAUGUCCAUCGCGGAGCUGCAGGGCCUGGAUGUGCCGAACGAGACCCCCUAUGACCCGGCACUCUACACCCUCAUGCACCAAAUGGUGCCCACUGCCAACUACGGGCACUGCCCAGCACUGGGGGAUGGCCCCGUGCCCAGCUGCAGCCAGCCUGCCCCAGUGUAUGACCGCCACUAUCUGGAUGCCAUGGCAGCUCCAUGCCCCCGGCUGAUGGGCCCCGUGCCCCCUAUAGACCCCCCUUAUGGCUACACUGGGAUGCUGAUCUCCUCCAGCCUUGACCCGGGGCCGGAAACCACCGCCCUGAGCCAGAUGGGCACUAACAAGACUCCGUCUCUGUCCGGGCUGCUAAGCGAGGCCCAGCGGGAGGCCGGCGGGCGGGCUGAGGGGGGCCGGGCUGAGGGCUACGGCCCCCCGCCACCCUGCAAUGCCCAGGAGGACUUGGAGUCAGAUUCGGGCCUGUCGCUCAACUACAGCGACGCCGACUCCAUGGAGACAGAGGGGCUGGAGCCCAGCAGGCUGCGGCCCGACUACGCGGAGAUGUACCCCGUGGAGUACGGCCCGCACUACCCCUUGCUGCCCGCCUUGCAGGAGGUGCCCCCCUUCGCCAUGCAGCCCCCGGAGCUGUUCAAGCCCCAGCCGGAGAAGGGCCGGGCGCCCCCGCGGGCCGAGCUGGCCUGCAGCCGGGACGAGCGCCGUGCCCUGGCCAUGAAGAUCCCCUUCCCCACCGAGAAGAUCGUCAACCUGCCGGUGGACGACUUCAACGAGCUGGUGUCCAAGUACCAGCUGACGGAGCCGCAGCUGGUGCUGAUCCGGGACAUCCGGCGCCGCGGGAAGAACAAGGUGGCGGCCCAGAACUGCCGCAAGCGCAAGCUGGAGAACAUCGUGCAGCUGGAGCAGGAGCUGGAGCAGCUGGGGCGGGAGCGGCAGCAGCUGCUGCGGGACCGCUGCGAGGUGGACAAGACCCUGGGCCUCAUGAAGCAGAAGCUGGGCCAGCUGUACCGUGAGGUCUUCCUCAUGCUGCGGGACGACGCGGGGAACCCCUACUCGCCCGACGAGUUCUCCCUGCAGCUCACCGCCGACGGCGGCAUCUUUCUGGUGCCGCGCAGCAAGAAGCUGGACAGCGGGGACUGAGCGGGGCAGCCCCGGGGCCCCACAGCUAGGCCCUGCCUGGGUGUGAGGGGGGGGUCUGUGUUCUUUCCCAGCAACCAAACCUGCUUGUGGGGGGCCCCUUGGCGCGUUACACACCUGGAGGCAUCAUAAGGGCUUGGAGGGCCUGUCAGUGCCUUAAAUACCCGAACCCUGGAGGUGUCACACGGGAACAGAGGGGCCUGCCAGAGCAUCACACACCCAAGCGAACCCUGGAGGUGUCAUACGGGGAUGGGGGGACCCUGUAGUGCGUUCGCACCAGGGUCCCAGACGUGUCACUCUCUGUUUCUCUGAUGAUUACCCCAGCCCCCUUCACUCCCCUGCGGAGACCAGAUCCCGACCCUGCUGAGUCCCUUGCCCCCUACUCCCCGAUCUCUGUUCCUAGGGGGUGGUUGGGGCAAUGCUGCCGACCGCGGGGAAGAACAGCACUUCUCAGGCCCACUCGCCCCCCGGAACUGACCCGGCCUGGGGAGGGGGAGAAGGGUUCUGCCCCACGAGCCCCACAGAGCCGAGAGAACCGGAGUCUCUUCCUUCCUGAGCGUCCAUAUGUCUGUCAGACGCCCCUUUGCAAAGUCACGGAGAGCAACAAGAGCCCUAUGUCCCGGAGGGCAGGGCCCGGGGGCUGGGGAGAGGGCAG